UCAAUUGAUAUUUGUAGUUGAUAUUUGUAUUUUCUCUUCAUGCAAGUCUAUUUGACCUUAUGAACAAGUUGGAUAGCAAAUAAAUAUUAUUAGUGCGCCCUAGGAAAGUUUCAACAAUGCUUUUGAGUCUUUGAUUUUCCUCAUUUUGCGCUCAUACCCUAAAAUGAUCUCACAAAAUGGAUAUACAUCGUGGAUAGCCCAUAUAUCACGGUCGGCCCCACAGAGCCCCCUGGUUGGACCGAGUCCGCGCAAUCCACCUCUCAUGCAAUGUAUCUAAAUAUCUGAGUAUGACGUACAUACAAUUGCUAAUUAUUUUAUCCUUUUAUAAACCAAGGUCGACAAUCUCAAGAAAUCAGGACAUUCUUCGUCCACCGUUCAACGGAUCCGUGUCCAAUUAUAAUAAGGAAAACGAGGAACCAUGCGUUUGAGUUGCAAUUUGCUUCUUUGGAUGCAUUGAGAGAGAUUGCACGCAUGUGUUUGUUUUUUUGUUUGUUAAUGUAGGCCCCAUGCACCGAAUUACAUAUGCAAUGAUGCACAGAGGACAACAAGCAUUUGGCUUUGUCAUAUGGGAUGUUUGUUUUCGUUUUCCAAAUGGAUUUGAAUUUAAUAUCUUGGUUUAAGUGUCUAUGUAAGACACGGAUCCCUGCCUUUAUUUUAGUAAAGAUCUUAGGUAUAAAACCAAAACCAGGAAUUGGGUUUUAGUCAAAAUCCUGUUUAGCAUCGUUUCAAUGGCGGAGAUAGGAAAACCGUUGCUGAAGAAAGUGUACUAUGAGAAUUGCCCUGGUUGUAAGCAAGAUCAAAUCAAUGAAGAACGGCGCGGAAUCCCUUUUAAGGAUUUCUUGUUUAUUUGGAUCGUGAUACUUUGCGCUGCAUUGCCAAUAUCUUCCCUAUUUCCAUUCCUAUAUUUCAUGAUAAGAGACUUUCACAUUGCAAAAAAUGUGCAAGAUAUCGGAUAUUAUGCAGGUUAUGUAGGAUCUGCUUACAUGGUGGGAAGAGCUUUAACUUCUGUCUUCUGGGGAGUAGUAGCGGAUCGAUAUGGACGAAAACCCGUUAUAAUAAUUGGCACCGUUUCAGCGGUUGUGUUCAACACUCUCUUUGGCUUAAGCACAAGCUUUUGGAUGGCGAUUUCAACGAGGUUUCUUCUUGGAUUUUGCAAUGGUCUACUCGGCCCAAUAAAGGCAUAUGCUAUUGAAGUCUGCCGUGAAGAAUAUCAUUCCUUGGCAUUAUCACUUGUUAGUACAUCAUGGGGCAUAGGAUUGAUUAUUGGUCCAGCUGUUGGAGGUUUCCUUGCACAGCCUGCAGAGAAAUUUCCAAGUAUAGUUUCCAAGAAUUCUCUAUUUGGGAGGUUUCCAUAUUUCUUACCCUGCCUUUGCAUAUCACUUUUUGCACUAGUGGUCUCCAUUGCUUGUUAUUGGAUUCCGGAAACACUGCACAAUCACAAAGAUAAAGUCCAAGGCAGGCACAGCUCAUUUGAUUCUCUAGAAGCUUCCUUAAAUGGUUGUGAUUUAAAAGCAAGCAUUGAAGAAACUAAAGUAAAAGAGCCAACUUCAAAUGGAAACCUUUUCAUGAAUUGGCCCUUAAUGUCAUCUAUAAUUGUAUAUUGUGUUUUCUCUCUUCAUGAUAUGGCCUACACGGAGAUAUUUUCACUAUGGGCAGUAAGUGAUAAACAGUUUGGAGGUUUGAGCUUUUCAUCACAGGAGGUUGGUGUGGUGCUUGCAAUCUCAGGCUUUUGUCUUAUGACAUUUCAACUCUGUCUAUAUCCAAGGGUUGAGAAGCUUUUUGGACCAAUCAUGGUGUCCCGCAUUGCAGCAAUUUUUUCAAUACCAUUAUUAUCGAGUUACCCCUUCAUAGCCUUGCUAUCAGGGCUCAGCCUUACAGUGGUAAUUAAUAUUGCGUCCGCAUUGAAGAAUGUUCUCUCUGUGACCAUUAUCACUGGACUGUUCCUUUUGCAAAACAAUGCUGUGCCCCAACACCAAAGAGGAGCUGCAAAUGGCAUUUCUAUGACUGGAAUGUCUCUUUUCAAGGCAAUGGGUCCUGCAGGAGGAGGUGCCCUGUUUGCAUGGUCACAGAAGCGUCAAACUGCUUCCUUUCUACCAGGUGAUCAGAUGGUCUUCUUUAUGUUAAACGUGAUCGAGUUCAUUGGAAUCAUCUUGACCUUCAAACCCUUUUUAACUACACACAACACAUAGCCUGCAGGACAAGAUCAAAGUGAGAUUAAAGGCUACGAUUCCACGUGAUUCUAUAAGUGGGGCCCAAUUUUUUCUCACUCUCAUUUUAUUUAAUAAAAUGGGAUUACAAACCCACAAGUGUACAUUUAUUUGUAGGUGAUUUACAUGAAAUUGAUGUACGUUAUGAGUGUAUCAAGUGGAAGUGGAAAUGUAUAUGUAACAUUCGGAGAUGUUAUGAUAUGAUCACAUUAUUUAAUUAUUUGAUGGUGAUAUUGGGUUUCAUCAGAC